AACUCAGUUGAACUGAUUCUUCUAGAGCUUCAAGCAGGGAAGGACGUACAGUUUCUUGUUGGUUUAACAAACAAAGGAAGCAAAGAUUUCUUCUUGGAAACUAUGGAUGCAUCAUUCCGUUAUCCAAUGGACUUUAGUUUCUACAUUCAAAAUUUCACUACUAUUGCUUACAAUCGAGUAGUAAAGCCAAAACAGCAGGCCACUUUGUAUUACCAGUUCUUCGUGAGUGAAUCUUUUGCUGCAAGAUCUUUCGGGCUGACUGUGAACCUUCUCUAUAGAGAUGCUGAUGGAAUACAGUAUUUAAAUUCUGUUUUUAAUGAGACUAUAAAUGUUGUUGAAAUAGAUGAAGGCUUGGAUGGUGAAACGUUCUUCUUGUAUGUGUUUCUGGCUGCCUGUGGAGUUCUGUUAUUGGUUGGUGCCCAACAGCUUCUUGUAAACAUGGGAAAGAAGAAAUCUUCGGCCAAACCAAAAGUUGAGAUGGGAACCCAGAAUGUCAAUGAUGUUGAUUAUGACUGGCUACCCAAAGAAACACUCAAUGAACUCAAUAAGUCUCCUAGAAGAUCUCCCAGACAGUCUCCAAGACAAAGACGAGUCAAGAGAGGAACAGGGUCAGGAGAUGAGUAACAAUAACUUCUGACUUACACAAAUACUGCUGUUGCUGUGAGUGUGAAGUGGCUUGGAUUACGUUAUGCUUUAAACAUGCUAACUCAGAAGUUCAGAUCUUGAUUAUCAUGAGAUAGUACUGGUAAAAAUGCUAAGUCUGUAAAGAUAAGUGAAGAUUUUUCCUAAUCUUAUUAGACAGCUUCAAGUAGAAUAUUUCUAAUGCUUUAUCUGUAGCAUGGAUAGUUUACAUAAAAUAAUUGUUAUUAGUAAAAAUAUUGUUAGUUAACUGUACAGUUUGUCAAGAAUACAUUGUGUGUUUCACUUCAACAAAAUUUGUCUGUGAGGAACAAGAAAUGCCCCAUGUUAUUAUUAUUCGCUUUGAGAAAUUUGUGAAUUAUGUAAAGCUAUUUCAUAAUCCUAGCCAUACUGAAGAGCAAGAGUUUUGAUAAUAAAAGGAAAUAAAGAUGUG